ACUCGAAGUCAUUUUCAAUUGAUUCGGGGGAAUCAAAAAUAGAGUGCAUACCAAAUUUCAGCUUUUUAGUUUAGUUGGGUAAAUUUUUUUUUGCUUUUUGGAAUACUUAUAGCUAAAUUUAUGUUUUUUUUAAUUCCCCAAAAUUCAAAAAAUUGAUCUUGGCACUUGAAAUUUUAACUGGUGGAGCAACUUAAAAAGGCCUCCAGGGGUGACAAAUACCUGAAAACUGCUGACAAGGAAACCUCAUCUUAUGGUCAAUUUUUCAAUUGAGCAUAAAGACCCAAUGGCUGACCAGAAAAAUGCGAAGUGCCCAAUCAAAAAGUAAAAGCUUUACGACUGUUCAAAUUUUUCAAAAUAGGUAGUCCAAGCAAAAAUUGCUUCAAGUAAUUAAUGAAGAAACUAAUCUGGCCAGGUAAUCAUUUUAGAAAACAUUUCUGAUCCCAUUUCAAGUUUAGUGAAAUCACGUUUCAAAGUCGAAUUUCAAUUCCAGUGUCAAAAAUAACAUUUUAGGGGGGGGAUGAGGAGAGGAGGAAGCAGGGGGAAAUCUCUCACAAAUUUUAUCUAGGUCAUUUUAACCCCCAUCGCGUUUUGAAGGCCAUUUUCGAUAUGAGUGACAAAAUUGCAUUUUCAGGUUCCUACUUUUCAGCAACAUUAAAUCCCUAAAAUCUGCAUAUGUGCAGUUAGGCAGCUAAAACUCUGGAAAUCUUCUAUUUAGGGCUUCAGUCGUGUCAUUUCAAUUGCCAUCGUGUUUUCAAGGAUACGACUUUCAAUAUGGGUGAAAAAAGUGUACUUUUUGGGCUUCAAUUUUUCAAGAAAAAAAAAUAACUCCUAAUCUCAAAAUUUGUGGCAUGGGCAGCUACAACUUUGGAAAUCUUCUAUUUAGGUCAUAUUCUGUCUACUAUUGUAUUUUAGAAGGCCAUUAUUGACAUACUUAAGUAAGAAAAAGUGUAUUUUUUGAGCUCUAAUUUUUCAAAAAAAUGCCCUAAAAUCUCAAACCCUAGGAAUUUUUAUUCAAGUCAUUUUCUAACUAUAGGUACCUUCCAUUUGUGAUUUAAGAACCAUUUUGACGUGUUAAAAAAAAAUGUAUUUUGAGCCUCAAUUUUCAAAAAAAAAAAAAAUGCCCCUGUGAAAAAAAUACCUACAUUUUGUUUUUCUCGAUCUUAGUGGUCCUCAAUGUUAAGGUAACGACGUUGGAUUCGUUUUCUUGCGGUAUAUAUUGCGACUGCAAUAGAGGUCCUUUCAAUUUUGUAGUCCUGUAGAUACCAUUAGGGGCCUCCAAGACCUUUUUUGGAGAAAGGAAAAACUUUUGAGAGACUUUUUAUGAGUUUUGUAAUAGCAACAGCAUUUUUUUCAAAACUCUGGGUGUCACCACUGUAAAAAAAAACACAUUCUUCGUCGACAAUUUUGCUCCAUAUCUAAAUACUUGAAAAAUCCCAAGGAAGAAAGUGGAAUUUUUGAAAAUUGGUUGAAAACUGUCAUCAUAUGGAUCAGGCAGGUUUAGAAAUUUUAAUUUCACGGUUUUUUUAGGAAGGGGGGGGUCUGACCAAGGUACUGCAUAAAUUAAAACUUACUUACCCCUAAAGUAACAAAAACCGAUUUUUAAAAAAAAUAACACUAAAAAACUAUACUUUGAGGAUUCUUGUCUCAGCUCACUGUGCAGCUCAGAAGCUCAAAAUUUUCCCAGGUAUCCCAUUCAAAAUAAUUUUUGUUAAGAUCCAGGAUGUGUUUUCUUUUUGAUCCACCCUAACCUAAAUACGUAAUUCAUUCAAGAAGAGUUACGAUUGUAAGCUAUAAGAUGUGUUACCUUGACGAGGAAACAGGGAAAUCGAAGGAUCAACGUAUAAACUAUAACAGGCAAAUACCGCAGUAAACAAAAUCAAAAGGUCGUAUAAGAUGUAUGGAAUUUGCUAAGCUCGCUUUCCUUUCUCUUUGCGUACAAAGAUUUAUUUCGAAUUUAUGCAUUAGCAUCGCUUAUGGGUAUCAGCACGAGGUGACGAAACUGAAAAGAGAGAAAAAAACACAGAAGAGAAAAAAAUUGCGUCUUGAAAUAAAAAAAAAAAAAAAAAGCAAACUCGCAUUAACUACUGUGUUGUGUUGGCGCGAGAGAGAAUAAAACUCACCUAACUGCUUAUUACUUCAUAUGCUGCAGAGUAGUUUACUGUAUAGUAUCUUUCAUAGUAUAAUGUGUGUAUACUGGAAGGUAAAAUCUAAAAUAAAAUAAAAAUACAAACGCUAGAAAGAAUUUCAAAACUCAAUCAAAACGCGUACGUACGUACGUACCAGCGAUGUUAAUUGCGAACAUAUUCGUCGUCGAAGGUGAGAAAGAGACAGAUAGUCUACGGUAUCGGAGAAAAAAGCAUUUAAUGAACUUGUCGCUGGCACCCCCGCAAUCUAUGGCUCACGUUCGUUGCGUAAGUUGAGCGAAUAUAUGAAAAAGCAAGGCGCGUGAUAAUUACGCUAGUCUGUUUGAUUAAUCGUUAUUUAUAUACCCAGGUUGUUUGAGGAUUUUUCGUUUGCGCAGUAAUUUAUGACUGGCGAAGUGGACGAAUGUUGGACGCAAGACGCAUACGAGUAUAUGCAGCAGCUCGGGCGCGACAAUAAAAUUACUUAACACAAAGCUGCAGCUACUAAAACGGCGACGAUAAAGAUUAUAAUCUUUGUAAAACGAUUUUUUCACAGUAGCCUGUGUUUAGAUGAACGCCAUAGAUUGGUAUUAGAUAAAUUCUUCGCGAGUAUUUGCAAUAAGUAUAGAGGUACUCUAUUAGAAUUUUUUUCCCUUUUUCGUUUUUUUUUUCAUUAUUUUUUUCAACGCACAGUCGCGUAUCCAUAUAGUAGAAACGGUAUUUACGACUUACUUUGGUCGAGUAUCGAUUAAUUCGACUUUCUCCGCAUACCUGGCUCUGUGGCUAGGUAUAUAGUAAGCGGCUCGCAACUCCACCUACACCAGCUGGUUAGGAAAAAUGUGCAAUAUAGUAAAGACACGAGAGAAGGACCAGUUUAGGACGCAUAGUGGCAGGCAGCGAGUUUCGUAGCACGCUACGUCUCACGAUUAAUAGCCGCCGUGUACCUAUCUCGCAAUUACACAUUAAUAAUCGGCCGGAUCUGAAGGCGAGAGAAGAUUUUAAACUGUUGGUUUUCUAAUUCCAAGUUGUCUUCGGAAAUUGCCAUGCCGAACGCGGCCGCGGCGGAGCUGAGCGCCGGAUUAUGGCCUAUUGUUGGUACACUAUACACGGGCCGUUUAAUGAACGCGGACGAAUAUAGUCGAAUACCUGACACGUAAGCACCUACAACUUUCUAGCGCACGUUCGGACGAGAAAAUUAAGGGUUUGAGUUGUUAAUUCGGCCAAAUGAUUGAUUAGGUUUAAUGUAUUCGAUGUGUACCCGUACAAUGUAUCCGAUGGAUGCGGAAAUUUACGCUGAUCGCUGAUCGCUGAUGUAGUGUGUGACGAUGACGGCGAUCUUGUACGUAGACGUAGAGGUACCUAUACUUGUGCCAAUACCGCCAUUUUUACUCAUUUGUGUGGUACCUCUACCCAUCUGUUUGGCUCGCGGUGCGUGUGAAUUUAUAGAUGAUUUGACCUCUUCGAGGUAUUCAUCAUUUUUUUCCCGAGUUGUUGACGGUGCGAUUGAAGUGGAAGAACGUGCUGCUAAUGGCAUGCUUAUAAUGUUGUGUAUGUCGAUGAUGAGAUUUCGGAUGAAGCGCCAUCCAUAUCACUGGCUACGAAUGAUGGAAGUUGUAGAACUUAUACCCAUACUGAUCAGGUGAUACUCACAGGUGACGAUCACAAAACGUGUGGAAGUAAACUUGAAGGGAAAUAAAAUGCACCUAUACCUUAUUUAAGGUAGAUCGUGAAAAAAAAAUGUGGAAGGAUUUUGUCCAAAUUUAGUAAAGACCUUAAUUUUGAGUUGAAAGUUGCCCAGAAAAAACAUUAGCCACGGAGGUGUUCCUGGAGGAAAGAUAUGAGUGAUCAAAGAGGUGUUAGCCGCCAGGCUGCGCUCCUCAACACAGAGAUACUUCGCCCGUGUAACGCGGCCCUGCCGCGCUACGAGCUACGUACGCUCGUGUAACUCUUCGCACUUGCUGUUUUGUUAUACUACGUGUUAGAUGUGUUCUCCGUGUAUCCGAGUAUUAUUUUGUUGUUUGAUGAAGUUUUGUUUUAUUUGAUUAAUAUAUUAAUUGGUUAAUUAAUAUUCACCGUGUCGACUCGUUAUUUCGUAAUUAUCAAUUACUCAAGUUCUCGCCGAUAUCAUGGCUGAUAGACAUCGUAGAGAUGAUGAUGACCGUAAGAGCAGACGAGAUGAAGACAGGUAUCACCGGUCUAAAGCCCAGAAACGGUCCAGAUCAGACUCCCGAAGCCGCCACCGACGUCAUCGUUCCAGUGAGGAACGCGAGAUAGACAUAGAAGCUGAAACGCGACGAAUAAACGAGAUUCAGGCCAAUAUUGAUCGUCAACGCCAGAGAGACAGAGAAAGGGAAGAAAGUAACCGAAGAAAAGCCCAUAAGUCUGAGUCGUCGAGAUCAAAUCGAGAUGUAAGUACACAGAGUAAUGUAGAUUCGAGUAGACAGACGACUAAGUACAAUGAAGGUGACAUUGUCACUCAGUACAAAAUUAUUAGAAACAAUAGCAAUCAGGCUCCGAAGACAACCAGCACUGAGACACGCACAGAGAACGUAGUGAGUAAUGAGAAUACGACGAAAGAGGUAGAAAAGAAAAAGAAAAAGAAAAAGAAAAAGUCUAAGUCGCCAGAGAAAGUGAGUCAACCGAUAAACAGAGAUGCUGUGCCAGUAGCAAUCCCGCUACCACCUAAGAAUGAUUGUCGUACGGUUGCAACGUUAUCACAGCCUUCAACGUCAUCUCAGAGUUUUACCCAGCAUCCAAGUACGAUUCCAGAUCUGGAGUCUGAACGGAGAGGUGGGCCGCAGCAGGCUAACUAUGCUAGUCACCGACCAGUUACCCGACGGAGCGACGGAAAGCCCCAACCGAGACCGCCUUACAACGCCGAUACCCUACCGAGACCGCCCGAUCACAAUUGUUACAACUGCUCCAAUCCGGAUCACUACGAUUACGAAUGUCCGAAAUGGGAAGAUGGACCGAGGUGCUUCAGAUGUUCGGAGUGGGGUCAUUUUGGAACGACGUGCUACAAUCCCCGCGUAUUCUACAAACACGAAUUCGCAAAGUACCGAGAUAGUUCCCGAGACAACCGGAUCAGAGAUACAAUCAACGGAGCAGCCCAAUUAAUUAGCGGUGAACGGCAACCGGAGGAUUUUAUGGGUAUACCGAGAUUCGACCGAGACGCGAGAAACGAUAUCGAAGAAAAUCGUCGAAGACAUCAAUCGUCGAGCCGUUACCGGUCACCAGACCGCGACGAACAACAUCGCAGCCGCUCAUCCCCGCCGAGGGAAACCGAUAAGAGUAGCCGGAGCGCAACAGACAGAGAUGCAACCCAAACCGAGAAUCGCCGACAGAGCUCAUCAACGCAUUCGUCAGCCAGCGGUCCAUCACCGCCGCCCGGACGCGGUCGCUCUAUGGCGAGACCGGAGGGAGCGCGACGUCUACGUAAUUUUCCUGCGAUGCUUGUAGAUCCGCACAUUGAAGAGGAAUCGCCGUACACGUCUUUCCUACUGAUGGAGCUACCGGACAUCGACGUUAACUCGCUCAAUGGAACCCAAGCUGGAUUGAUCUACAACCACAUCGCUAAGUGGGAACAGAUGUUGGCUUGGUUUAGAACGCGAGUGGAACUGAGAAUUCACGCGAUUAACGUCGAGGCGAGAAAACCAACAGAGAUCGAGCCUGUAUUCGAUAUAGGCGGCGUCGAGUAUUCGUCGUUUUUGGACACCGUCGGACCAGCCAUUAUUGGCCAACCGAUGGUUCAACCGCCGCCUGGUUUUCCGCCAAUACCACCAGUUCCGAAGCCGGUCUACCUGGAACAUACGAAAGAACAGACGAUGCUGCCGUUUACCAACACACCGCAGCCAGGAACCAGCGCUUCGACGUCGAAAACAGAGAAACCGGUUGAAAUGAACCCGAUUGGGUGUAUUAAGGCGCCGGAGAAUAAAACAGAGAAAGGAUCAAGCCCAAAUAAACCGCAAACGAAAGCCGCGAAGAAAGAAGGCACUUCAACGGACGAAAUUUUCAAAAAGUUUCGUGAACAGAAUCCGAACGCCGGUAAAUCGCCUUUGAAUCUUGGAAAGGUGUAUAAUCCACGCAGGGACGCGAGGACACCGAAGAAAACGGAUACGAACAGAGAAGGCCCGGAACAUCGUAAACCGACGAAGCCGACUAAACUCGAUCGUACAAUUGCGGCGCCGAAACCCCCAACCCCGCCACCGAUGCCGGAAAAACCGUUGUGGGAAGUUAAAUCGACGAAAGCGGUUACUGAAGCCGAAAUGGAUACAACGGCUCAAUCCGAAGCGAAAACCGACAACGAGUGGAACAAGCCAGGCCCGAGUUCAGCACAGAGUAAUGCAACAGAGAAGCCGCAUUUAAAUUCGUUAGGCCAAGAUAUGAAUGCGCCGUGGCCACGCACGCCCGAAAUCAUCCGGCAAAACCUACUAAUUCGGCCAGACAUUCCGUGCGAAGAAGAAUGGGAAAUUGGCGACGGAGAAGUGAUUGAUCGACGGAGAGCGAAUUAUCGUUCCGUUAAUUUCAUGUACGUGAAGCAAAUCAUGGAAUUGAACUUCACGAAGGUCAACGAGAGGCUCACCGAGAUCGAAACGCGCCUUCACCGAGAGCAGGUUCCUGAUGAAGCAGACGAGGGAAGGCCGAUGCCGGAUGCAGAGAGAGCCCUGUUAACCAGGCAACAGGAGGAGUUAAACGACGCAGCGAUGGCGAUCACGCGCGUAUUGGAAGAUCCUGGUUCAAUUGAAGACGCGAUUGAAGGCCUGCAUCAAUUAAUCGAGAUGUCGCGUAUUUACCACUUUGCGCUGGAUGAACACCCGCAACGAGUAUUAAUGAUGCUGCGAACAGAGAACCUGACCAUUGAUGAACGUAGACGUCAGAGAAAUCGCGAACGGAGACACCGCAAUCGAGCGCAUCGCCGAAACGCCGAUAACGUAGACGACGGUAUUGACGUCGAUUAUUUUUCCGAUUCUGAAGAUCGUGGUCCAGGCGAUGCUGCGCCGAAUUUUCAAUUACUAGGCGAACGUUUACUUGAUGAAGCCUAUCAACGGAGAAAUCAACACGAUAACGACGAUCAACCAAUGGGAUAAACAGAGAGAAAAACAGAGAAAAAUUUUUUAUUUGUAAUUUGUCGAUUGAAUUGUUCCGAAUAUUCAUGUGUUGAAUCUGUGUUCCUGUUUAUUUGAAUUUUGUGAUUUAUUUGUUCCUGUUAAUUAUAAGCUGUAAAUAUGUUUUUGCGAAAGAUGAGUCGCGCAGGGAGGGAGUGUUAGCCGCCAGGCUGCGCUCCUCAACACAGAGAUACUUCGCCCGUGUAACGCGGCCCUGCCGCGCUACGAGCUACGUACGCUCGUGUAACUCUUCGCACUUGCUGUUUUGUUAUACUACGUGUUAGAUGUGUUCUCCGUGUAUCCGAGUAUUAUUUUGUUGUUUGAUGAAGUUUUGUUUUAUUUGAUUAAUAUAUUAAUUGGUUAAUUAAUAUUCA